AUGCUACCAAAAUUGCUGUUACCGCCAUUGAUAUCUGCACUCCUACAUGGCACCAGCGCUAAACUGAUAUGGUCCACUUCACCUGCAAAUACUAGCGACGUCAUCCGAACCGCUUUACCUGUCGGCAAUGGGCGACUAGCUGCUAUGCCAAUCGGUCCUCCCUCGGCUGAAACUCUUACGCUGAACCUCGACAGCUUAUGGUCAGGAGGCCCUUUCGAAGCAUCUAACUACACCGGUGGUAACCCAGAAUCAUCAAUUGAUUCCGCACUACCUGGCAUUCGAGAAUGGAUUUUCACCAAUGGUACCGGCAAUGUGACAAAGUUACUUGGUACCAACGACAACUAUGGAUCAUAUCGAGUCCUGGCCAAUCUCACUGUAACAAUCCCAUCCCUUGUUGGCAGCCAGGUUUCCAAAUACACGCGCAAACUGGAUUUGGCAAACGGCCUCCAUUCAACUUCUUUCAACACCAAUGACACUGAGCUUGAAACUACAGUUUUUUGCUCUUAUCCAGACCAAGUUUGUGUCUACACAAUCCAGUCGUCCGGAAGCCUGCCAGCUUUCGAGUUGAAAUUGGGUAACCAACUGGUUGAGCCCAAGCUUGAAAACAUUACCUGUGCUGCAAAUGGUACUGGAGCUGAUUCCGGCCAUGUGAGGCUACGAGGUAUAACCCAACUAGGCCCUCCAGAAGGAAUGAUUUACGAUACAAUUGCGCGCGUGUUACCAAAUUCCGAUUUGAAGACAACUUGCGAUGGCAACACUGGAAUUCUAAAAGUUACACCUGGAGACGGAGCAAAGAGCGCCACGGUUAUGAUAGGAGCCGAGACGAAUUAUGACAUGAAGAAAGGCACAGCGGAGCACCAAUACUCGUUCCGAGGAAAUGACCCGGGCCCAGUGGUUGAGGAUAGGAUACAAAAAGCAUCCACAAAAACUCUCAAAGAACUGAAGAGUAGCCAUCUAGAAGACUUCACUUCCCUCACAGGUCGCUUCGAGUUUCUUCUUCCCGACCCCCUGAACUCGGCUCAGGUUCCAACACCGGAGCUGCUCGCAGGUUAUGACUCCAACGUUACUUCUGGUGACCCAUACGUCGAAAGCUUGCUCUUUGACUAUGCACAAUACUUGUUGAUUUCCAGCUCACGACCAGGCUCCCUACCCACGAAUCUACAGGGGCGAUGGACUGAACAGAUGGCGCCCGACUGGUCUGCUGACUACCACGCCAAUAUCAAUCUGCAAAUGAAUUAUUGGACCGCCGACCAGACAGGUUUGACAGAAACCCAGAUGCCACUGUGGGACUACAUGAUAAACACGUGGGUCCCACGGGGCCAUGAAACAGCCAUGCUACUAUACGGCGCACCAGGCUGGGUUGUCCACAACGAGAUGAACAUCUUCGGACACACGGCAAUGAAAGACGGAGAAGAAUGGGCCAACUAUCCCGUCGCCCCAGCAUGGAUGAUGCUGCACGUCUUCGACUACUGGGACUACACCCGCGACACCACCUGGUUGCGCACGCAAGGCUACCCACUCAUCAAAAGCGUUGCUCAAUUCUGGCUCUCCCAACUCCACGUCGACACCUUCACCAACGAUAAUACCCUCGUCGUAAACCCCUGCAGCAGCCCGGAACACGGUCCCACGACCUUCGGCUGCGCCCACUAUCAACAACUCAUCCACCAAGUUUUCGACGCCGUCCUGGCCACGCACUCGCUCGCUGGCGAAUCCGACGCCGCAUUCACCUCUAACGUCUCCUCUACGCUCGCCCGCCUCGACAAAGGCUUCCACGUAGGAUCCUGGUCCCAAAUCAAAGAAUGGAAACUUCCCGACUCCUUCGGCUACGAAUUCCAAAAUGACACCCACCGCCACAUCUCUGAACUGAUAGGCUGGCACCCCGGAUACUCCCUCUCCUCUUUCCUCGGCGGCUACUCAAACACCACAAUGCAAUCCGCUGUCCGUAACAAACUCAUUAGCCGCGGCAUUGGCAAUGGGCCCGACGCAAACUCCGGCUGGGAAAAAGUCUGGCGCGGAGCCUGCUGGGCACGUCUGAAUGAUACGGCACAAGCGCAUCUGGAGCUCAGAUACGCGAUUGAGCAGAAUUUCGUAGGAAAUGGAUUCAGUAUGUAUAAAGGGGAGCGCACGCCGUUUCAGAUUGAUGCGAAUUAUGGGUAUGGAGGAUUGGUGUUGAGCAUGCUUGUUGUGGAUUUGCCAGCACCGGCUGAGGGACAGGAGGGGAAGAGGAGAGUGGUAUUGGGGCCGGCCAUUCCCGAGAGUUGGAAGGGUGGGAAGGUGAAGGGUUUGAGGAUUCGGGGUGGUGGUGUUGUGGAUUUUGGAUGGGAUGAUGGGGGUGUAGUUAGGGAAGUGACGGUUGUGGAGGACGCGGGGGACGUGGUGUUUGUUAACAAGGAGGGGGAUGUGUUAACAGGGUCUUGA